AUGGUCCGCGUCAACAUCUUCUUCGCCGUCCUGGCCUUGGCCACUGGUGCCCUGGCCAAGACCAACGCCGAGUGCCAGACUCAGUACAACACAUGUCGUAUCGCUGCUGACGCCAACAUGUCCACUUGUGUCUCCGACCACCUCAGCUGCUGCGCGACAGCUUACGACGACUGCCGCACCGCUCCCGAAGCCAACAUGGCUCAGUGUGCUGCUGAUAAUGCUGCCUGCAAGGGCCAGUCUUAA